AUGAAAAACUUUAUAAUUUUCUCGGUGAUUGUGACUUUCGGGUUUUGUGAGAAACUAAGUGAGGAGCUGGAUUUUGAGCGGGCCGAGCAAUGUGGAAAAUUACCAGGUCAUUUUUUUUUGUGUUUUUGGUUCAAAUUUAUUUUUAUAGAGCAUAGAAGUGCUCACAUUGAGCUUGGCUCUGGAUUUUUUUUUUCAAAAUUCAACCCUUUUUUUUUUUCAAGCCUCCAAUCCUUUAUUUCAGCCAAUAAGACAGCCGUAAGGCCAGCGGACACUGAAGCACCAUGGUCAUUUUAUUUUACCUACAAGGAUUUGAAGUAUACUACAACUCUUGUUUCUCCACGUCACGUUAUUUCGGCUGGACCCCUUAUUCUUAAAAGUGUCAAUGAUACUCAAUCGCACAAAUGGAAAUGGGAAGACGGAUCUAAAGUGAAUUUUGAGGAUUGCAAAGAUAAGUGA